AGCCUACCUCAUAACGCCAAACGAAUUGUAAUGGUAACGUGUAAGAGGUCAUUUCAACAGUUUUAAACAUGUCAGAGAAAGGCGAAGUGGACUUAACUGGUGCUAAACAGAACACGGGCGUGUGGCUGGUAAAGGUGCCCAAAUACCUGUCACAGCAAUGGGCCAAAGCAUCAGGAAGAGGAGAGGUGGGGAAGCUCCGGAUCGGCAAGAACCAAGGGAAAGCAGAGGUGGCAUUCACUCUGAACGAAGACCUGACCAUGAUUGACAGCCUCGGGGACAAGCCAUCGGGGGUGCAGGCCCCCAGGGACCACCCGUUCACCAUGCAGACUGUAGGAGGACAGACCCUGGCCGUGUUCACUGAGACCCAGUCAGAGUCAUCUAAGGAGAGAAUCUCCCUGGAGGGCCUGGUGGUGCAGAGAGCUGAGUGUAGACCUGCUGUCAGCGAAAGCUACAUGAAACUCAAGAGACUGCAGAUAGAAGAGUUAUCCAAGCCAUUGAGAUUGUCUCAGCAACUAGAAAAGGCUGUUACCACCAACUACAAACCAGUGGCCAAUCAUUCCUACAACCUGGAGUAUGACAGGAAGAAGAAGGACGAAGGUAAAAGAGCGAGGGCCGAUAAGCAGCAGGUGUUGGACAUGUUGUUCUCGGCUUUUGAGAAACACCAAUAUUACAACAUCAAGGACCUGGUGGACAUCACCAAACAACCUGUGAGUUACCUGAAAGAGAUUCUGCGUGACAUCGGCAUCUACAACGUGAAGGGAACCCACAAGAACACCUGGGAGCUCAAGCCAGAGUACAGACAUUACCAGGGAGGAGAGGAGGAGAAGGAGACCGACGACUAGCCUGGUCUGGGGGCUCCACCACUAGCCUGGUCUGGGGGCUCCACCACCAGGAGAAGGAGAACGACGACUAGCCUGGUCUGGGGGCUCCACCACUAGCCUGGUCUGGGGGCUCCACCACCAGGAGAAGGAGAACGACGACUAGCCUGGUCUGGGGGCUCCACCACUAGCCUGGUCUGGGGGCUCCACCACCAGGAGAAGGACGACUAGCCUGGUCUGGGGGCUCCACGACUAGCCUGGUCUGGGGGCUCCACCACCAGGAGAAGGACGACUAGCCUGGUCUGGGGGCUCCACCACCAGGAGAAGGACGACUAGCCUGGUCUGGGGGCUCCACGACUAGCCUGGUCUGGGGGCUCCACGACUAGCCUGGUCUGGGGGCUCCACGACUAGCCUGGUCUGGGGGUUCCACGACUAGCCUGACCUGGGGGCUCCACCACCAGGAGAAGGACGACUAGCCUGGUCUGGGGGCUCCACGACUAGCCUGGUCUGGGGGCUCCACGACUAGCCUGGUCUGGGGGCUCCACCACUAGGAGGAGACUGACGACUAGCCUGGUCUGGGGCCCCACCACCAGGAGAAGGACGACUAGCCUGGUCUGGGGCCCCACCACUAGGAGGAGACUGACAACUAGCCUGGUCUGGGGCCCCACCACCAGGAGGAGAAGGACGACUAGCCUGGUCUGGGGCCCCACCACUAGGAGGAGACUGACGACUAGCCUGGUCUGGGGCCCCACCACCAGGAGGACGACUAGCCUGGUCUGGGGCCCCACCACCAGAAGGACGACUAGCCUGGUCUGGGGGCUCCACCACUAGGAGGAGAAGGACGACUAGCCUGGUCUGGGGCCCCACCACCAGAAGGACGACUAGCCUGGUCUGGGGGCUCCACCACUUGGAGGAGAAGGACGACUAGCCUGGUCUGGGGCCCCACCACCAGGAGGACGACUAGCCUGGUCUGGGGGCUCCACCACUAGGAGGAGAAGGACGACUAGCCUGGUCUGGGGCCCCACCACCAGGAGGACGACUAGCCUGGUCUGGGGGCUCCACCACUAGGAGGAGGAGGACGACUAGCCUGGUCUGGGGCCCCACCACUAGGAGGAGAAGGACGACUAGCCUGGUCUGGGGCCCCACCACCAGGAGGACGACUAGCCUGGUCUGGGGGCUCCACCACUAGGAGGAGGAGGACGACUAGCCUGGUCUGGGGCCUCCCUAGAGAGCUCACCAGUAGAUGGGAGUGUCGUUUUGUUUUUAAUGAUGCAGAGAAGUAAAGUUGUCAAGCUUCUGAUGUGUUUAGUUGGCCAGUUAGGACCAAAUCACUGGCCUUAUACUACAUGUCGGUGAAGUCCCAAGUGGCACCCUGUUCCCUAUAUAGUGCACUACUUUCAAACCAGGACCCCUUGUCAAAUUUAGUGCACAGGGUGCCACUUGGGGACACAUUUGAAGGAUUCCUAGUGUUCUGAGCAGUGAGGUGCUUUAGGUUCAUCUCACCUGGGCCACUAUGAGCUGGUUUAUUCCUGUGUUUGUUAUCUGACCGUUUUACAUUCAAUCAGGGAUCCUUCAGAAGUGUUUUCUGCGUACAGAUACACGGCAACCAAGGGUCAAUACGUACAAGUUGUUUUUAAUGGACUGUUGGUAUAAAAAAAAUUAAAAAUUAUUUUGUAAAAAAA